UGCCUGGUGGUUAGCCUACUUAUCUCAAGUCGAAGAGCAUUUCGUCCCACGCAGACGAUUCUCAAUACAAAUUCAGAAGUUUCUUUGGGUUUCAUCGACCCCCUUAAAUGUCGCAGAGAAGCAUCGGGACUCUGUUCACCCACGACAAUGCAAUCUACGUUUCUCCCGCUCUGAUGCCGGGAUAUGGUGGCUAUGUGCCGACAGUGAAGUUUUCAUAUGGAGAGACGUUUGGAAACGCCACCAAAAAACACUUUCAGGAUUAUCGCUGCACGGCGAUGUCAACCAGCGCUAGCCCUUACAGCCUGAGCUACAUGUUUCCGUCAAUCUACGCGAACAAUCCGAGGCUCUCUCCGGGCUCCGCGUCCCCCGGCCAGGAGAGGAAUCCGUACUCCCCCUACUGGUCGACGAAGAACAUGGACUUCGACAGACAAGCCGACUUGAAGCGCUUUGAUCAGCUCGCGCAGAAGCACAGGGAGCACUACCUGGACACGACCGGGACAAGACUGCCAGUUAUCUACUUUUCAGAGCCGUGAAGAGUAGCGUGUAAAAGCAAUCUAAAGAGACUGAUUUAAAUAAAACUUAGUUCAACCUGGAGCGUUUGCGUUUGGACUGUCAGCACAUCUUACUGCGUUUUAUCAGUUGGAGGAAUCCUAGGAACCAUUUUAACUGUAAUAUACACAUUUAAUCUUCCUAGUCGUCUACCACAGGGAGCCGCUAAUUGGUCUGAUAGCAGCUACUUACAGCGAGAUAAAAAAAAGGAAAAGCGUAAUCGAGACUGUGGUGAGUGUUACAAAUACAUUGUUCCUUCAAUUUAGUCCUUAUGUCUGAGAACAGAGUGUGUUUACUGCCUGUCUCAAGAGCAAUCAUCUUUGUUUCAACAAAUAAAUAGCAGUUUCUCCGAGUGUGGCUGUCUGUCUUUGACGCCAAUAAUCAGGGUUCACAUGUAAUGUGCUCACAAUAAAAGUUUUUCAUGUACCAAUA